GGCGGAACCCCCCCCCCCCCCCCCUCUCUCUGAGUGACAUCCUCACUCGGAGCCGCGGUCACACACACAGAAGAUGGAGGCGAUUUGGGUCUAUCAGUUCCGGCUGAUAGUGAUCGGGGACUCCACGGUGGGGAAGUCGUGUCUGAUCCGCCGCUUCACGGAGGGCCGCUUCGCUCAGGUGUCGGACCCCACAGUGGGAGUGGACUUCUUCUCCCGUUUGGUGGAGAUCGAGGCCGGAAAGCGCAUCAAACUGCAGAUCUGGGACACCGCCGGACAGGAGCGCUUCAGGUCCAUCACGCGAGCGUACUACAGGAACUCGGUGGGAGGACUCCUCCUGUUCGACAUCACCAACCGCCGAUCGUUCCAGAACGUACAUGAGUGGCUGCAGGAGGCCAAGGUACACGUGCAGCCGUUCCAGAUUGUCUUCGUGCUGGUGGGGCACAAGUGUGACCUGGCUGCCCAGCGCCACGUGUCCCGAGAGGAGGCUGAGAAACUGGCCGCCGCAUAUCACAUGAAGUACAUCGAGACGUCUGCACGGGAUUCCAUCAACGUGGAGCAGGCCUUCACCGAGCUGACCCGGGAUAUCUACGAGCUGGUCAGGAGGGGGGAGAUCACCAUGCAGGAGGGCUGGGAGGGCGUCAAGAGCGGCUUCGUCCCCAACGUAGUCCACUCGUCAGAGGAGGCCGUCAAAUCGGGACGCCGGUGUUUCUGCUAGGUUAUCGGGUGGAAACGCUUAACCGGAUCCGUUCCCUCACUCAUAGAGACUGUACCAAAUAAAUACCGGGGCCUUUUUAAACUUGCAUCAAAAUAAAUCACUGUUUGCCAUAUACGCGACGCUCCAAACAACAGCCUGAGCCAGGAAGGUACGUACCGGCCAGUCCCCACCCCAACCCCAGUUGAUGCCUGUCAGAGAAGGGAGAAUCUGAGAUGAUAUCCGUGUGUGUGUGUGUGGGGAGGGUGGGGGGAGCACAGGGCUAUGCAGAAUGUCAAGCCCCUUCCCCCCACCCCCCACUAUAUCCAAGCGAUCUAUCCCUGCCCCGGGGGAGUGAGGUGAUCAUUCCCUGUGACGUGGCCUGGGAUGGAUUGGUUUGGGAUUCAGAGCAGAUUCAGCAAUGAACAAACCAGAAAUGUUACUUAUAAGAAAGUUUUUUUUGGCUAAAAUAAAUCCUGAGAGAAAGUUGCUGAAUAAAAACAAGCGAUUGCUGGUUUGUGUAUGAACUGGGAAGUACUGAGCCAGACUCUCAAUACCCCCUGUCCCGGGCUCAGCCAAUCCCUCUGUCUCUGUUGGGGUGGGGGGG